AUGAAUGAUUGGCUUUCGCUGAAGAACAAAAGAAGCUGCAAACCCGGCGACGAGCUGGGUCUUAUAUACCCUGGAAGCAUGCCUCCUUCAUUGCGCGAGUCAUUCUUGAUUGGUCUAAUGCAGCCUGCAUGGGUCGACAAUGGGUGGCACCUGGAGUCAUCAAUCUCUAACGGCCCAUCAAGGCUAGGAGGCACUAAAAUAGAUGGGUUGACGCGGCAUUUCUUAAUCGAACUUGGCUUUGAACGUGGGCCCGAGCCUAUCGCGGAGCGCCCCUUUUUGGCAACUGAUAUUCUUACAGUCGUUGAUCUUCAAGCUUCUUCACGGGAGAUUUCCAUCCCCGUCCCUUGUAUGACGGAAGCAUAUGGAUUAGGUUGGGCCAAUUCGCUGCAGGCACAAACCAGGGGCCCAUGGGCCGCGAUCCGAUUAGUGCAUAGCGAUUCCAAAAUGCCGAUCAAUUCCCGUUACGUUGGUACGGGGCAUGCCAUUCCCCACCCGGCGUCGCCAGGUCCGGCGUUACAGAGCGUACCAGGGAUUGCAUUAGCGGCCACCCUUAAGGAACGGCGUGACGAGUUCUAUGGCCAUAGAAAUGAGGAACGGGGAAACGGAAUGCAGCUUUUUCUUUUCUUCCGAGAGGUGCCUCGAAGCUUGGUUCUAUUCGAGAUCUGCUCCAUAGGCCCCUUUCGCCUUGGACUGAGGCCUAGGCCUUGGCUAAAGAUGGUGACAGGUACCACUCUUAAUCUACGCCAGAUAAUGAAUCCGUUUGACAGACCGCAAGUAUUCCAUGUUGGUCGGAAAUGGCAGCCUCCAAUCAAAACAGCAACUUGCAGUAAUUGCUCAGACGGCUUCCCGAAUGAUUGGUAUAUGGCUAUCGUCCGGCAAGACAAAUCAAUGUUGGUCCUGUUACUUAAGCUCCACCAUAUCAGCAUAACAGCAACAUCAGUAGAAGGAGGUAUUGUAGUUGCCUGGUGGGCUCGGGCUAAUAGCCAGUCCCAGUGGGAAGUGGACCAGAGAGAAGUGGAAGCGAAAUAG